CCUCUGUGACGUAAGUCACUUCUCCCUCUCCCCUCCGAGGCCAAGCAGGGUGGGGAAGUCUCAAACCAACUGCCCCGCGGUGGCGGGAGCAGGGGUCACCAUGACUGAGGCAGCCGCUGACCCUGGUGGCCUUUCUAAAGAGCUAGUCCUUGAAUCUUCGGAAAAGACGCUGGACACCCAAGUGAGGCAUCGUCGGCGGUCGGUGCUCCGAGUUUCUCAGCUCCUGCUGCGGGCCAUUGCUGCCCACAAAGGAUUGACUCUCACUGUACUCAAGAAGGAGUUUGGCAACGCUGGCUACCAAGUGCGCCGGAAAUGCAGCCGCCAUUCUUCCGAGACGCCCCAGGCAGCGUCGGGUAGAGGCACCUUGCUUCGGGUGAGCGGCAGCAAGGCCGAAGGCUACUUCAGAGUCUGGAAGAGUCUGAAGCCAAUCAAGAAACGCCCUAGAAAACCAGCCACGAAAAUCAAGGAAGUGCACAAGAAGCGCUUGGCGUCCCUGUUCAGUGGCCGUUACAAGAAGGCGCCUGAGCAGGGUUCCCAAACCAACCCGAUAGACUCAUUGGAUCCGGAGACCAUCAAGAGGCCGGAGUCCUCCGAGAGGCCGAAGUCGCCCAACACGGCUGAGGCUACUAAGGUGACCGAGGCUCCUUAUACACCCGAGAAGAAAAUCUCCAUGGAGCAAGUGAAGGAGACUCCGGAGAAUAUGGAGAUCUCCUCCUAUACCUCAAAGCUAAAGGAAUCAAAGAAAACGAGGGAAGAGAUAAGGCGCAAGGCGAGGCGGCAGAAGAUGAAGAAGCUGAAGAUGGAGGAGGAGAUGGAGAUGAAAUCCAUGGAAACGUUAAAGGAAAAGAAAGAGAAGAGAAUGAAGAUCUUGGAGCACAAGAAAGCGACAGCGAAAGAAGACAAGAAAGAGAAGACUAAGGAGAAGACCAAGGAGAAGGAGAAGGAAGAGAAUGUUGACUCUGAGAAGCCAUUGAAGCAUAACCCAAACGACCCUGGCCGGAGUUAUAGCCCAAAAAGUGCAAGGCAAUCCUACAAAGUUUCUCCUGGAAAGAAUUCCCUCCAAAGGAAAAAAAGCAUACUAAGGAUAGAUGCACGCCGUUAGUGUAUGGAGAGGAAUCUACAGCCCCUGACCUAGGCUCUCACUCCCACUCAGAGACUCCUCUUGGAACAAUCUAUGCACUCACUGAGUGAUAUGGACAGGAAGUAUUUACUAUACCUUUUCCCAUUGUCUUUGUUGUCUUUAUUUCCUUUUAUGCUCUGGGAGUGGGAUGCAGGGAAGAGGAAGAAAAAAGGAUGAGGUCAAAGAGGGUGUAGGUGAGUGUCUCCUGACAUCUAGGAUCAGCUUUCCUUGCUUAUUUUAAGUUGUAUAGAAGAAGAAAAAAUUCAAGAAGAGGGGAAAGAGUGAUAAUACAUUUUUAAAGUUUU